GUCGUGACGUCACAACCUUCCCUUCUUUUCAUCGGGUAUCACGAUGAGUUCGCUCAAGGUACAGAAGCGCCUUGCGGCGUCAGUCUUAGGAUGCGGCAAGAAGAAGGUCUGGCUCGACCCCAACGAAAUUGGGGAAAUUGGCCAGGCUAACUCUCGCCAGAACAUCCGCAAGCUUGUCCGAGAUGGUCUCAUUAUCAAGAAGCCCAACAAUGUGCACUCGCGAUUCCGUGCCCGUAAGAUGAUGGAGGCACGCAGGAAGGGUCGCCAUAUGGGUUAUGGUAAGAGGAAGGGUACGAAGGAAGCCCGUAUGCCCUCCAAGGUUCUGUGGAUGAGGCGCAUCCGUAUUCUCCGACGCAUGUUGAAGAAGUACCGUGAAAACAAGAAGAUUGACAAGCACCUGUACCACGAGCUGUACUUGAAGGUUAAGGGUAAUGCAUUCAAGAACAAGCGUGUCCUUAUGGAGUACAUCCACAAGAAGAAGGCCGACAAUGCCCGUGCCAAGAUGCUCAGCGACCAGGCCGAGGCCCGCAGGACCCGUGCCAAGGAAGCUCGCAAGCGCAGGGAAGAGCGCCUGGAACAGAGAAGGGCUGAAGCUCUUAAGAUUAAGGACGAGGCCUAAUUGUGUACUUUGCGGAGAAAAAAAUAAUAAAAAAAAGCCAACAAAACCGUUUGCCAUUUUUUAUGAUUGGUUUCAUGAUCCUUGUCCAGUAUGCAUGGAGGGCUAAACCCAUUGUUGAUUCUGACCAUUGUGUGCAUGCUCUUCCUGUCAUGAAUCUUGAAUAUGAGGAAUUGGCCACAAAAAGCAUCCUAAUUUGAAUAAGUGAAAUGCCCAGCUCAAAAGUUACCUGUCCAGUUGUACCACCCUCGCCUUCUCUUAGAUACAACUAAUACAAGUAAAUUUUUUAUGAAAAAGAAUGGAUUUGCACCCAAUAUAUUGAAUUUUAUUUUAAGCUUAUAAAUGUUCAAAAUCCUUCUCUGGGAUCUUUAUUUUUAUAUACUUUAAAAAGAGUAAUAUUGUUAAAUCAGGUGUUCUGAAGACCAUGUAUACUAUUAAUCAAAAUACCCCUUUUGUCAAAUAUGGUUGUGGAUUGUUGACAUACUGGAGAAGCAAGUUAUAAUAAAGCUUGUCCUAGUUUUAA